CUCUCUCUCUCUCUCUCUCUCUCUCACUCCUCACUUUCCUCCUGUCUCACUCCCACUCUCCGUCUGCACAUCUGGAACGAUGGAUCAGUUCUGAGUGGAGCUGCAGGUUCAAACAUUUGGACUUAAACCUGCUGCGCAAAAGCUGGACUUUAAUCUGAGUAUUGCAGGACAGAGAGCAGGUGUGUAGAGAAGAGUGUGAUCUGUUCCUCAGUCAAAGGCUCGUCUGGUUCGGAGGUUUGGCCAGACCACACACACACACACACACACACACACACACACACACAUUCUGGAGUGUGGGACUGUUUUUUGCCCAGAGGAAAGUGUGUACUGGGUGUGUUAGCGAUGAUCUGGAGGAGGUGUGUGUUAUGCGCUCUUCUGCUUUGUUGCGCUCUUGUCUUCGGAACCGAGCCUGAACACCAUCAGGAAGAACAACACACAGGCCAGAAGAAUAAAGGAAGAGACAGGAAGGGAAGCACAGAGGCGAUGUGUCCGGAUCAGUGCAGCUGCAUGGCCGAGGAAGUUGUCGACUGCGCCGGGGUUAAUUUAUCCGAGUUCCCACAAGAGCUACCGGAAAACACACGCCAGCUCUCACUACAGAAUAAUCAGAUCUCGGAGAUCAGAGCGGAGGAUCUCACACGACUCCUUCAUCUGGAGACGCUCAACCUGCAGAACAAUCGGCUCACCACGCAGGGACUUGAAGAUGAUGGGUUUGAAGCUCUGGAGCAACUCAGUUACUUAUACUUGGCGAAUAACAAGCUCACGGCAGCACCCAGAUAUCUUCCGCCAACGCUGAUUAGCGCCGACUUCGCUGCAAACCAGCUCACCACGAUCUACCCCUACACGUUUGGCGAGAAACCGGGACUGAAGUCAGUGUACCUCCACAACAACAAGCUGUCCGACGCAGGUUUACCAGAAGGAAUGUUCAACGGUUCGGACAACUUGGAGGUGUUAAUCCUCUCCAGCAACUUCCUGCGCUACGUCCCUAAAGGCCUGCCAAAAGCACUCUUCCGUCUUCAUUUGAAGAAUAACAAACUGGAGAAGAUUCCUUCUGGUGCGUUCGAGAACCUGCCCCAUCUGAGGGAACUGUACCUACAGAACAACCUCCUGAGCAACAGUGGCAUGGAGAACACCACAUUCAGUCAUCUGAGCAGGCUGGAGUACCUGGACCUGUCCAACAACAACCUGAGCGCAGUACCCCUAGGUCUCCCUCGGACCCUGAUGCUGCUCCACCUGGAGAAGAACUACAUUACGUCUGUCAAGGUCGAUUCCCUCAGCGCUGUGAAGGAUCUUCAGUACCUGCUGCUUCACCACAACCGGCUUCGUGCUCGCCACAUCCACCGCGACGCCUUCCGCGGCCUCAAGCGCCUGCACACACUCCACCUGCACCACAACCUGCUGGAGCGAAUCCCUCUGGGACUGCCGCGCCGCGCCCACACUCUAGUGCUGCUCCGAAACUUCAUCAACGAGAUCGGACGUGACGAUCUCAGCACUCUUUACACGCUCAACGAGCUCAACCUGAGCUACAACCGCUUGACGAGUGAACGCCUCCAUCGCCACGCCUUCAGGAAACUGCGAGUGCUGGAAGUCCUGGAUCUGUCCGGGAACAAGCUCAGCAUGCUGCCACUCGGACUUCCGAAGAGCCUUCACGUUCUCCGGGCAAAGGAUAAUCAGAUCGCCGAGCUGCCAGAGGGGGCGCUGACGGGCAUGAGCAAGCUGGCGGAGCUCCAUCUUUCUAAUAACCAGAUCAAACUGGGCUCCAUCUACCAGGGGGCGUGGCAGGAGCUUGGCUCUCUUACGACUCUGGAUCUGUCAACUAAUCUGCUGUCUCAUGUCCCUGCUGAUCUUCCUGAGUCUCUGGAGUUCCUACAUCUGCAGAACAACAGGAUCAGCAGCAUCUCUGCCACGGACUUCAUCAGUACCCCCAACAUCAAGAGCAUCUUCCUGAGGUUUAACCGUCUCUCCGCUCUCUCCGUGGCCGAGGACUCCUUCUCUCACCUGUCCAAGCUGCAGGUGUUGGACAUCGGACACGGAAGCGCCACACCCCGCCGUAACCAUGGAGAGGAGCCAGAAGAAGACUAUACAGAAAACGAGGAAGAAGAGGUGCAACCGAAAAUAACAAUAAACUGAAGAGAGCAUUAUACAGAGAAUACUCUAAUGAGUUAUACUAUAUAGAGUGUAGAUGAUGCAGGUCAUGUGACUCUGAGCAUUACUGAUGAUGUAAUUAAUGACUAAGUAAUAUUGAUGAUGAUGAUGAUGCAGGUCAUGUGACUCUGAGCAUUACUGAUGAUAUAAUAAGAGUGGAGAUGAUGCGAGUCUGAGCAGCUCGGCUUUUAUAAAUAUGUAAAUUUUUUUAUCUUUAGGCUACAUUUGCACAUCAUUUAUAAUGUGUGUGUGUGUGUGUGUGUGUGUGUGUGUGUGUGUGUUUGUGUGUAGGAAGUCCAUUAACCUCGGACUCGUUUAUCUCAAAAACCACUUUAAUGUCCGCUCUGAUAUGUCACUCGCCUCAAGGCAGCAUGGGAAAACGAUACAAGCGCUCUAAAGGAAUUAUCCGUGACGGAUUAUUAUUUUAUCUCUUUAACUUUUUCUUCUGGAGCAGAUAGAGUUCUGUUGGAUCUUUGCCUUUUUUAUAAUUGAAAACAAAAGUAUGGAAAGAGCAGCCGGUGAGUCGUGUGGUGCCGACGACAAACACUUCACCCUGAGAUAUUUUCCACACAAAAAAACUUUAGGAAAAACUUCACUAAUGUGCAGAUAUGCUGAGGUCUGAAAAAUGAUCAUUUAAUUCUACUUACUAAAUUCCACAGAUUUAAAUCUGGUAUUUAUUAUCAUUAGAAAUAUACUGUGUCUCUUUAACUCCUGGAACUCUUUUUAUUUUACACAGAUAUUCAGUCUCUCCAGGAUUUCGCAAUCGCGGAGAUUAACGCAAAAUCGAGGAAACUCCGCAUUAUUCAGAGGCACAUGCAAUUUUUCAAAAUUACCGCAGAUUUUAGGUGAGACGCGUCGUGACGAUGUCACGUCCAGCCAAAGCGCUCUUUGAUUCACGCGCGCCGAACACGAGUACAGCUAAAAGCUCUCGUCUACCAACAAACGUCACUGCGAUAGACCACGCAAAACUAUUUCUAACUAUUUAUAAUUUAAAACUAUUUUAAUUGUGAUCUCGCCGAUUCAAAGCACAAAAAAAUCUUUUUAAAAAGCUGCAGAAAAUGUUUUGUGUUUUUUGGCCACAACGAUGACGAAAAAAACGUUGUGAAAUCCUGUACGGACCGGAUAAUCGAAUUAUACAUCACCUGCAUUUAGUGCCAAAAAGAAAUCAAUCUGACUGAAAUUUUUGUCAGCUUCAAAAAAUUCCUUCAAAAAUGUCAACACAUUAAAAUACAUUUUUUUAAAAAGUGUAAUAUUCAGGGGGUUUUUUUUCGUUGUAAAUCAUGAAUUUUUACACUAACUCAACAUUGAAAACAAGACUUUUUUCUUUUUUUUUUAUCAAAGCAGGGAUGAGGAUUUGUCAGGUUAGUGUUUUUUUCUUUAAACUAGCUACUAAAUGCUGCUCGGUAAGUCACAGGACAGGCCGCGUGCGUUAAUCCGUACGCUAGCACUAAUGAGAAGAUUUGAGAAAAGUUGAGACAACAAACACUUUACAUUAUGUUUAAUAUUUAAUGUUUGAAUGUUUUUAAUAAAGAGAAGAAGGUGAAAAAUC